CUUGCGCGACACAGCCACGAAAAACAUCGCCAUACAACCUAGCAUUACAAAUUGAACUCGUCAGUAAUAGCGGACAAAAGGGUUGGGAACUAUCGUCGCGACACCCGCAUACCAGAGGCGGACGUAGAAAAGUGUCCUCCCCGUUGCAAUUGACAACACUCAGAACAGUCGCGAACACCAGAUCAACCAUAUAUAAGACCGGAAAUGUCAGAACCCGGCAAAGAGUCGAUACCCACCAGCGCCGACCCAAGAAGCAAGCGGCCAACGAAGCGCCGGCAACUCACACCCGUCUCCGAACAAGCAAACCAAAUCAACGUCCUAUUCAAGGACCCCAUCAGAGAAGUGCAUUUACCACCAAUAUCCAAACCGCGAACGCUCGAUUCUCUUGCACCACCGCCAGAAAUCGUCGCAAAUGUUCAGGGUUCAUCCGCUGGUGCAGGCUCCGGCGAAUUCCACGUCUACAAAGCCAGUCGUCGACGGGAAUACGAGCGCAUACGCUUGAUGGAAGAAGAAUCCAAACGGGAGAAAUCAAACGAGGAAUUUGAGAAAAAGAGGGCCGAGACGAUACGGAAGGAUCAGGAGAAGACAGAGCGGAAUAGAAGGAAACGUGAGAAACGCAAAGCAGCGGCAGCGAAGACUAAGAAUGGGAACUCUUCAACUGCGAUGGAUGUAGAUGGUGAUGCUGAGAAAAAGCCAAAACAGGCGCUUUCUCGGCUUGGGCCUCUUCCUCCACGAGACAGGGAUCAGGACACGCAAGUGGAUGAUAAUAAUGAGGAACAGAGGUCUCACGAAGAACAAGGAGUUAUAAUUCAUGACGAUUGA